AUGGCUGCACUGCGGAUUGUUCUCUUCUUCGUAUGUCAUUCUUCGCUUGUUAUUGCCAUAAAGUGCUAUUUAGGUGAUCAAUUAUUCCAAGGCUCUGUUCUACUCAGGGAAAGCGUUUCAUUAACGGAUUGCCCAGCAUCUCGUUUCUGCGUCAGGCAGGAUGUAGUCUCAGCAGAUUUGAAGACUGUAAACUUCCUUUGUGACCAAAGUUACGAUGUCCGCGGACUUGUCUUCAUUGUCUGCCAGGGACCUGGCACACACAUUUCAACCACUCCAGCCCAAGUGCCAGCAAUAAACACGUGUUGUGCAGCAGAUUUAUGUAAUCUUUAUGUUUCAAGCUCAUCGUUUGUUUCAUUUUAUUACAUCGCUCUUUUAUUGUUGUGUAAAUUUAUGUUUUAAAGCUUAUUUUUAUUCCAUCAUUAGAUGUAUGAAGAUCUAUCUGUUAG